UUGGCAUAAGUUUUGCCUGAUAGAAUCAAACCCAAACCCAAAAGGCCAAAAACCCUACUGUAAACUGGUUCGCUAGAAUCAAACCGGAACAGCAACUCCAAUUAUCUGAUCAAUAGGCAAUGAAGAGCAGAUCAUCUUUUGAACAUGUUUCAAACCACAAAGGUGGUUACUCCACCAUGAAACAACCCGAAAUUGAAAGCUCUGGAAUCCCAGAAAUCGACAAUGGUGAAUACUGGCCACUUUCUGGGAAACCCUAUGUUGAUUUGAUUCUCACAAAGACUAGUGUCAAGCCCGCCUACAGUUUGUAUUUACCCAAGAAAAUGAACAAUGAGCUUCCAUCUGCCGGAGCUCGUGCAGUCCUUACUUGUGGUCAAAAGAAGUGGGAUAUGUUUUACGGUGGAAUCAAAUCUAAUCACAAAUUUAGCAUUGAGUGGAGAAAAUUUGUGGAUGAUAAUAAUCUGAAGGAGGGGGAUGGACUUGUGUUUGAACUUUCUGAGUGCAGCGCUAGCAUAAUCCAUUUCAGAGUUCAGAUUCUCAGAGGUGAUUUCCCAGCUGAAUUGAAACCUGAAGAUGCAGAGGGUGCAAACAGUGACAACCCAAUAGUACUUGGUUAGAAGUACUCUUCUAAUCUGGAAGUUGUAGAUUAAUGGCAGUAUUUGGAACUGUAUUUAGUUAGUUUUAUUUUCUGGAAGUUAUCUGCAGUUCUAUUAACCUAUCUCAAGUGGAUGCAGUCUGUGUUUGCUUUAAAAGAAUUGACUUUCUAUUUGUUCUGUGUAUGUAUUGUCUAAAUUGUGACUGUAUGGUUAUCUUCUGCUAUGGAAUUUUGCAAGUAUCUUGACAAGUA